AUGGUUCCAAACAUCCGUCAGCCUGACCCGCGACAGCACCACCAGGGGAUAGUUCCAAACAUCCGCCAGCCUGACCCGAGACAGCAAUACCAGGGGAUGGUUCCAAACAUCCCCCAGCCUGACCCGCGACAGCACCACCAGGAGAUAGUUCCAAACAUCCGCCAGCCUGACCCGCGACAGCACCACCAGGGGAUAGUUCCAAACAUCCGCCAGCCUGACCCGAGACAGCAAUACCAGGGGAUGGUUCCAAACAUCCGCCAGCCUGACCCGCGACAGCACCACCAGGGGAUAGUUCCAAACAUCCGCCAGUCUGACCCGAGACAGCAAUACCAGGGGAUGGUUCCAAACAUCCGUCAGCCUGACCCGCGACAGCACCACCAGGGGAUAGUUCCAAACAUCCGCCAGCCUGACCCGCGACAGCACCACCAGGGGAUAGUUCCAAACAUCCCUCAGCCUGACCCGCGACAGCACCACCAGGGGAUAGUUUCAAACACCCGUCAGCCUGACCGACAGCAAUUCCAGGGGAUGGUUCCAAACAUCCGUCAGCCUGACCCGCGACAGCACCACCAGGGGAUGGUUCCAAACAUCCAUCAGCCUGACCGACAGCAAUACCGGGGGAUGGUUCCAAACGUCCGUCAGCCUAACCGACAGCAAUACCAGGGGAUGGUUCCAAACAUCCGUCAGCCUGACCGACAGCAAUUCCAGGGGAUGGUUCCAAACAUUCGUCAAUCUGUCCGUCUGCCGCACCCCGGACAGUACUGA